AUGGACAGUGUACCUAUUAACAGGUAUUUAACAUUACAGCAAAAAUUUCUCUUUUGUAUUUAGUCAGUAGCUCAUUAUCUGGAGCGAGCAACGUCUCUGUACAAGUGUCCUGGCGUUUUCAAGGACCAUUUUAUUUUUUAUGAUUUUGGCGCGAAGUUUGUAUUUUAUUUUAUGAUUAUUUUUUAUUUCAGUUUUUUUUUUAUUUCAUUCUUUAUUGACUACAUAAAACAGAAAAUAGACAGAAGAGGAAAAAAGAAAUAAAAGCAAACUAACUAACGAACAAUUUAACUAACUAACUAACUAAACAAGUUUGUGACAAUGAACAAUGAAUAAUAUCGAAUAGAUACGAAAACAGACUUAUUAAAACAUUUCCUACAAAAGACUAAGUAAAAAAUACAAUACAAUAUAUAGCUCUAACUUGAACUAAGUUAUUAUGACAAACUAUAAUUUAUCCAAGCAAUGGAAAAAAUAGAAAUAAAAAAUAUUUAAAAAAUAUUCUUAGGAGAUAAACUGAACCACUUUCGUUUAAAGAAGUUUUUAGACGCGAAUUUAGGUUAUCUUUUCAGCCCUACAGUCCCACAAACCAGUCAGCAAAACCUACAGACCUUAAAAUGCUAAAUUGCCUUUUAAUGACUUUUAGUUUGAUAUGUAAGACUUUGACUGCGCUCAUAGAUGAAGCAAAGUUUUCAUUUUCGCGGGGAAAGUGCCAUAAAAUGUAUCUAACACUAAGUAAACUUUCGGGUGUAUUGGUAAUUGCUUGAAUUGGAAUUAACACUGCGAUGAUCAUAUCGAUCUUUAUGUAAAAAUUUGUAUUUCCAAAUUUCACAUCAACUUCAUGUUUCAUUCCUUUCACGGGUAAAGAUGCUCCCUGAAAGUAUGGGUCUUCAUAGCCUAAUUGGCAGAGCACUGCAGCGCUAGCGCAGAGGCCAUGGGUUCGAAUCCCGUUGAAGUCCCGAAAUUAUUUUGGGGUUCAUUUGCAAUUGCUUAUAUUGCAAUCAUCACUGCAAGGAUCAUAUCAACAUUGUAUUUUUCCAGUUCACAUCAUCUUCAUAAGACUAGACCUGUCGGUGAAAAAGCCUUGACAUAGACCUAGGGUGAGAGUUGCUAGCUCAGGGUUAUGGGUUCCUAAUUUAAUCAAUACAUGUUUGACGAUAUCCAGAAAUGGGUUUUCUUUAAUGUAAGGUUGAACCUGAGUCGCACCUCAAUUUGACAACACCUCUCACAAGCGACCAUCUCUCAUAAGUAACCACCAGUCCAAAAUCAGUUUCAACAGUCAAAGCACCGGGAUCAUAAUGACACAGAAAUUGUCAAAGACAGCAGGCAUUAUCUUUUCCUAGCCCUGAGAUACCAGCAGCUGAAGUCACUUUCAGAGACAAUAGAGGAAUGAAGCGGUUAGUUUCUAUUGAAACUGUCAAAACAUUGCAAUUGUUACCCUGGCCACAGAAUCCUAAUGAGACUAAAAGUCUUGAGGAGACAACAGAGUUAAGGGAAUGUAAGCAACUACGUUUUUGAACGGCGGACACACAUCAACCACAUUCUUUGAUUUCUUGGGCUGCGAGUUUGACCAAAGUUUUGGGCAAAUCGCCACUGACUUUGACAGUGAAGACCCUUAGGUAACAAAUUUGGUAGCGACAAGGCAUAUUAACAGGGAAAACAGUCAAAUUCCGGUUGACCUGGGUCGCUCAAAAACGUCUUUGUUUGAGCUCCCAUUAUCUUGUCCUCGUCCUGAGAUCCCUGCAGCUGACAUGUCUUCCACAGACAAUAGAGGAAUGAAGUAGUUGGUUUCUUACAGAAACUUUGUUUGAGUGAAGCACAAAAAUUUCGCUUUAUCAACUGAUUUGAUAACACGAUUUGAUAAAAUCAAUUAUCCACCAUUAAGUGGGUAGACUGGUUGUUUUUGAAGGAAAUGAUGUUGAUUUGGGAGGGAAAUAAAUUAGAGUAAAAAAGGUAUAAUACACGUAACCAGUUAGUCCACUGAUCGGCUCAGAGGCACCUUGUUAUGGCUGUGGACUACCUGGUAUUUGUCUGCUAAUUAUUUACUUCAUAUUUUGAUUUUUAACAACCCCUAAAUCAAAUAUUUUCAUAUGUCUAAAAUUUUAAACAUCCCCUCCCCCAAUUUUUAUACAUUAAAAAAUAUUUUUAAAAAAUUAUUGAAGCAAGGACUCCAACAUAACUGAGUUGUUACGCCGCAAAAUGUUAUAAUCGCCGCAAAAUGUAAUAUUAACGCAAAAUGUAAUAAGAAUCGCCGCAAAAUGUAAUACUAACGCGAGAUGUAAUAACAUUGACGCAAAAUGUAAUAAAAUUUUCAACGCAAAAUGUAAUAAUCUUUCAACGCAAAUUGUAAUAACUUUUCUAACGCAUAAUGUAAUAACGCAAAAUGUAAUAAUUUCCGAAAUAACGACGUGCAUGCUAUUUCAAAAUCGGUAUUGUGGCUCAGUAAUCAGUAGCUGAUCCAGAUCUUCAUGUGAAUUAUUAUUAGUAGUAGUAUCAAUAUUGAUAUUAAUAAUAGUAAUAAUAUCUAUUUUCUUCUUCUUCUUCUUCUUUUUAUCAUUAUUAUUAUUAUUAUUAUUAUUAUUAUUAUUAAUGAAAUAACGGUUGAAACGUCAUGUUACUUCCGUGCUGAGCUACGCAACACUCUUCCCCAACAAGGGAGGAGGAGCGUUGCGUGACGAGACAAAAAUGGCUGCAAGAGCUUGCUGUACUGUACCAAAACUGUAGCAACUGAGAGACUUGGUUUAAUUUCAGGUGUUGAAUUUUAUUCAGUCAAAUAAAAUAGCUGUUGUCGAAAACAAGUAAUAGAAUCAACUUUCAAAGCAUAAUUCAAAUGCAUUUAAAAUAUAAGAUAUCUGUCACACUUUUUGUCAUGAGAACCAGACAACUUUGGCUGUAGCUUACUUUUCCUAAGUUGUCACUUAAUAGAGGCUGAAUUGUUCUAAAUGCUGUUUUUUAGGUCCAAGUUUCCUUUAUGUUGAAGUUUCCAAGCUUUGCAAAGUCAAAUCAGUUUGCUUUGUAAGGCAGUUGUCGUUUGCCUAGAACAGAUAGCGCAAUUUUUUUUUAGUUAGCCCAGUAACACAUUUCUGAUUGGAGAAGAGCUAAGCUGAAGCACAAAAACAUUGAAUUUGCCUGGAAAGGCAGUUGUGAUUAGAAGACAGGCCAUCCCCUUUUUUCUCUCCGUUUGGCAUUUUCAAAAAAAAAGUAACGACGUAGUUAAACCAUUUUUCACUUGAAAUAAUUCUUUUAAUCUGAAAAAUGAGCAUAGUUACAGCAUAGAGAAAAACAGGAACAAAGACAUAAACAUUUUUUACAGUAUAUUGUGUAUUUUGUUAAUCCAAAUAUGUGAACGUUAACUUUCAACAUCGUCCUGGGGUACCAGGGCCUCCUAUUCCGACACUUCUUGUGAUUUUGUUUUUUAGGUUUUUUUUUUUCAAUCCGACCGACCGACUCAAUAUCAGGGAACGCAUUCGAGGCUAAACGAUACCUUGAAUUUGCUCAGCAAUGCAAUCGCCAUUGGCUUAGAGUUGACAGCACCAAAUCUUGAACUGGGAGAUCCAUAAAAAGUGCGCAAUUUCGUCUUUUUAGGGACGACCAUUUUUGACCACUUGAGAGGGGAGGGUGUAUGGGUAAUUUGGUUUGGGUUAGAGUUUUUGGAUAAUUAUCGGAUACUGUCCACAUACCCCUCCCCUAAGCCAACAUUAACACUUAUUUCUCACUUAGGGCGAAAUGUUGGCUUAGGGGACGGCUAGGCGGGCACCGUGUUGGGACCUGUAUUACGUUCAAAUCAGCGAAAACAAACGUCCUAUUAAUAAUAAUAAUAAUAAUAAUAAUAAUAAUAAUAAUAAUAAUAAUAAUUAAUAGCAAGAGUAAUAUUAAUAUUAUUAAGAAUAUUAAUAGUAAUAUUAAUAUCAAUAAUAAUAAUAGCUUAUAAUUUAAUUGAAGAUCUGAAUUCGCUACUACCGAUGACUGAGCAACAAUACCGAUUUUGAAAUAGCAUGCAAGUCGUUAUUCGGAAAUUAUUACAUUUUGCGUUAUUACAUUAUGCGUUAGAAAAGUUAUUACAAUUUGCGUUGAAAGAUUAUUACAUUUUGCGUCAAUGUUAUUACAUUUUGCGUUAGUAUUACAUUUUGCGGCGAUUCUUAUUACAUUUUGCGUUAAUAUUACAUUUUGCGGCGAUUAUUACAUUUUGCGGCGUAACAUGAGUCAUUUUUUGAUUGAAUGAAUUCUUGGCUAGAUAUUUAAGAAAAAGGGACGAAAAAUAGAAAAACAAUGUUUUUAACCAGACUGCCUCCUUAAAAAAAUCGAAAGCUAACGUUUCGAGCUGUAGCCUUUCGUUCAAAUAAGGACUCAACUUCACAAAUGGCCAGGACAAUUACGUCUAUCAUCCAUGAACUUCGUCAUUUAUAAACUGGAGUCAAUACUGUCGCUAAAGCGAUGAUGGUGUCAAAAUAAAUUCCAACCUCUUUUAAGCCUGCUCCGGGGGAAGAGUCGGGCUUUCGUAUAACAAUGACGGGGAUAUUCGUAGGAAGAUUAGAAUAAGACCCCAAGGAAUUGUGGUAUGAUGAAUUUUGUUAUUUUUAUUUAGGAAUUCCUUUAAGUGCAACUCAAACUGAUAUCUUCAUUAAUAAAAGUAGUGUCUUUCCGUCCUGAACAUCUUAAUUGGGACUAAAAUCUGCCUCUAGGCGAGACGACAACCAACGCGUAAUUUCAUGAGGGAGUCAUCCCCCUCCCCCACCCUGGGAAACGACCGGACAAAAUGCCAAAUUUUGAAUUUCGUGGUUGCUGAUAAUGUGGCUUUUUAAAUACUUAAGACUAUUAGGAUAGGGAGGAGUGGAUGAGGGAGGGAGGUUAAAAAACAGUUGAACUCACUUUUAACGGAGGGACUCCAUCUCUGAUCGGAUUUAAGAUUGUUCAAGAAACUGCUUUGUUUUGCAGGACCGCACUGGCUGUUUUCGACGUGGUUUCACAGAAUCUGGCAGUCUAUGGAUAUCUUGUGCAGUGUUGCAUCCAUUACCCACCUUCUUCUUAUAAGCAUCGAACGUUACAUUUGCAUUUCAAGUCCGCUUACUUACCACAGCAUCGUCACGACGAGAAAAGCCCGGGUCGCCAUUUUUUAGCGUGGCUCUUUGCGCUUGUUAUGACGAUCCUUAAACUAUUGCUCUGGGGAGGACCAACUAAGGUUUACCAGCUUACCAGUUUCGUACUGUGUUUCGCUACACCUGUCUUGGUUAUGAGCUACGCAUAUAUCAUGAUAUUCAGAGUUUCUCGUACGCAAGCCAAAAAAAUGAUCUUCAAGAUUGGCGAGAAGACUAAACGAUUCUGCCUUCCCAAGGAGCUGAAGGCUGCAAAGACGCUUGGAGUCGUAAUGGGAGCCUUUGUUUUAUGCUGGUUCCCGUUCUUCUUUCUUAACGUUUACCAUGCUUUGUGCCCGUGAGUAGAUGUUUUCUUUUCUUUCAAAUAUUUAAUGGAAUAGAAUGGUUACGACGCUCGUCAGACUCCUUAAUUUGUUAUAUUUUUGCGAACUCGAAGGUGCUCAACUUUCAAUAGCAUUCCUAUCAUUUUGAUCUAAACUGCCUAAUAAAAGCGUUGCAUUAAUUUAUUCCGUCACAAUUUGUGCAAUCAGAAAACAAAGGAUUGUGCACCGUCAGGGAGUCUCCAACGUAAACUGAAGCACUGUUGUUCUUAUCUUGAGGUUUGCCGGCUUUCACAACCAGUCUCCUUUACCGUUUAUAUGGAGAAAACCUAUCCUAGGUAGAAAGAUCAUCCCUCGCGUUCGUAUGAGAAAAACGUUAAUUUGCCAGUCUCAAUCUACAGCACUUAUGCUGCUGUUUCUCUUAGUUGGUAUGGAACGUCCUUUAGUCAAGAACCUUUACCGAAACUACGAAUACGAGGUUUGACUGAAAACUGUUUUCGUGUUUUGUAAAAAAAAAACACCCCGGAAUGCUUCAGUACACUUUUUUUUCACCAGAAUAGCUGGCACACAGUUACCUUUAUUGGGGGAUGUUAAUCUCUCUCCCGAUGCGAUGUCUCGCGCGAGUACUGAGAAUAUCUAGUACUCGUAGUAGUUCUUGUCUUAGAAUCUAAAGCUCUCUAAUGCAAGGAACUUAACCAACCAUUUUAUUUUACAUCGUAGCUCCUGUCCUAUAGAUGCAGGAGCUGUAAUGGUUGCUAAAGGUCUUCACUACUUCAACUCUGUUCUCAACCCGAUCAUCUACAGUCUGAUGAAUAAGCAGUUUAAGACCGCAUUCAAACAUCUCUUCUACUUGACGUACUCGAACUUGUCUGGCAGAGGUCCUAUGAUGACCAGAUUAGACGUCGAUAAGCAACUUUCAUUUACCUACUUCUCUUCGUUGAAAAGCAAAUCAUCUAUGCAAGAGAAAAGUAGAGCUGAAGAAAACAACUUGCCUCAAAGGGUAUAA